AGUGGAAGCGACUGCUGUGAGCUGAGUGAUACAUUCUAGCCGAUGCGGUUGGGUUUUUAUACACGCUCGAGCUUGGGGGUUUGUUUUUGCCCACGCCCUUGUGAGCCUUGCCCGGGCGGGGUACUGUUCGUCCUAGUGGUCAGGCUCUUGAGAAAGACGCUAAACCUCAACCGUCCGAACGGAUGUGUCUAUUACGCUUGGGCUUCGUGUUGCUUUCUUCUUUCCGUUUAGCACGCGAUUGUACAUUCGGUGGCUUCCAGUGUGUCUUCAUUGCAGGUGCAACACCUUUAUGGUGGGUGCGCUUAGGGGGGUUUUAAUUCAAACAACAAGGUUCUACCAGGUGUGAAACGAUUGCAUACACUUUAUGCACCAAGACGUAUUGAGCCGCACCCUAGCAAUCCAUACGCUGGCGUUUGAAGUAGCUCUUGCUCACUGGACCAUAUGACCGAUGAAUUGAUGUGUACGCGUGAAAGUAGCCCAUUGGAGGGUGAAAAGAUGUUAGGUUUGGUUAUUGUUCGACCUUCUGCAAGGCCACCGUUUGGAAUGUAAAUCGGCUCGCUGGGCGCGCGAUGUGUGGUUGAUUGAAUAAGCUAGUAUAAAUAGGCAAGAAUUUGAUCGAAGACAGUAUCAGUUUCAGUUGAACAUUCUUAAAGUGCAGUUAAGUGCAAUAGAACAACAAAAAGCAGCAAAAACAAAAUGUGCAAACUAGCGUUGGUGGUCCUGGCACUGGCUGGUGUUGCCCUGGCUUACGAGCAUCACGGAUUCGUCAGCGAAGUCAAACACAUCCCGUACAAGUACUUCGGUGGUAUCGGCGGUGGACAGGAGGGUGGUCUGGAAGGUGGCAUCGGAGGUGGCAGCGAGGGCGGCUACGAGGGUAAGGACUACUAUGCCUACCCGAAGUACAAGUUCGAGUACGGAGUUAAGGACUACCACACCGGUGAUCACAAGAGCCAGUGGGAGGUGCGCGACGGCGAUGUGGUGAAGGGAGAGUACACGCUGGAUGAGCCGGACGGUUCGACCCGUAUCGUGAAGUACCACGCCGACAGCAAGAACGGAUUCGAGGCUGUCGUCAAGAACAUCGGCAAGGGAGGACUGCAGCAGGAGGGUGGCUCGAUCGGUGGCGGCAUCGAGGGCGGUAUCGGUGGAGGAUAUGGAGGAUACGGCCACGGCUACAGCUACAGCAAGCUGAAGAAGUUCAACUGAAAUGUCCGCCCCUGCUUUACAUACGAGAUGCAUCGGUCCGUUGUUUUCCCACGUACAAAAUGGUUCCUAGCAAAUAAAGCAAUUGUCUGAGUAUUCAAAA